AUGUCAUAUAUGAUUGAUUUACCCUUGACGAGGGUGGAAUCCAACGGCACGGUCGUGAGUAUGGGGCUGGACCACUACAAUUUGCAGCUUAUACCAAACAAACAGUUGAAUGAGCAGCACCCAGGGCAGAGCUACCAGGGCCGGAGCGACCAAACGGUCAACAAUGAUCUCACGGGCAAUACGAUGAUUGCGACAGCUCGGACUGGCAGCGAGAGUUUAAGCGCGCUCAAGAACAGCGCUUACGCCAAUAUCAGCGCCAACAACAGCAACAGUAAUGUUGCCUUUCAGAGAAUGACAAUGUUCGAUGAUUUUUUUGAUCUGCAUAACUUGCCGGUUGAAAGGAAAGUCUCGAACAAUAAUCUCAGCACUAGAAAUCUCGACACGGAGCAGGAGCAGGCUCAAAGUCGAAGGCUUUCGAUAUCAGAAUACGACGCUGAUAAUGCAGGAUAUUACGAAUACGAGUUCUUGGGGAACAAUCGCCUCGUGGCCGAUAAUGAUGAUGAUAUAAUGAUAAGCGAUAAUGAACUGUCAAACGUUAACCAACCGGCAAACCCUGCGACCCGAGACGUCUUUCAGUUCGAGAUGAACUUUGAUUCAAUUAAUAAUAAUAACAAUAGUAAUAACAAUAAUGAUAAUCAUAAUAAUAAUAGUAAUAGUAAUAGUAAUGACAACACAAAUGGUAGUGAACAGGUUUUCUUACCGCGGGAUCCAAUUUUAAAUAUUUACAAUGGGAUUGAGCAGCAAUCUCCACUGCCUCAAAAGAAAAGGGUCAAGGACUAUUUCAAACUGAAUAUAUUUGGUAACAGCAGUAGUUCAAGUGGUAAUAAUGGCAACAACAGUAAUAACAGUGAUGAAAAGAGAUAUUUUUGGAGUAGAAAUCCCAUGAAGCGGAAAAAUAAUAUCGCACUGCAUAGAAGCGGUGCUAUCGCGUACGAUGAUGGUGAAGACGAUGCUGAUGUCGAUGACGUACUCGUCAGCGAUGGCAUUGAAGAGAUAGAAGAGGUGAAAAAUCUCCAUGAUAUUUUUAAUGUUAGUAAUGGGAUUCAAGUUGAGGAAACCGUUAUAAACCCAUCUCAGCUAAUAUCACAUCAACAAGAUUUUUACUAUGAUAACAAGAAGAGUAGCGUAGAUAACGAAAUGGAUGAUUACGACUACGACUACGAAGAUGACGAGGGUCUUGAGGGUAUUUCACCCACUAUACAGCCCAUGGCACAGUUGACUGUGUUCGGAUCUGUCGGUGACAUUAACUCUGCAAACUCAAACUCAACCUCCUCUUCCAUAACAGCAGUAACACCAAUACCGGCUGCAACGGCAAUAACUAAAAAAAAAUUGAUAAAUAUGCCAAAGACAAGAGGUAGAAAACAGUCACCAAUUCCUGAUGCUUCAAAACAUUUUGCUUGUGAAUAUUGUGAUAGAAGAUUCAAGCGUCAAGAACACCUAAAGAGACAUAUUAGAUCCCUGCACAUGUGUGAAAAACCGUUUGAUUGUCAUAUUUGCGGUAAAAAAUUUAGUAGAAGUGACAAUUUAAAUCAACAUAUAAAAACUCACACACAUCAACACUAG